GACAGGAAUUAAUUUACGCUGCUGCUCCCCAACCUGCUUCUCCUCUCUCGGUAGCUGCUAGCUGGCCUAGUGCUUCCUUGGGUUCCCUCAUUGAAACCAUGACAAGUCAUUCAGGGAACUUCAGUGCUGGCUCCCUUACUUCCCCAGAAGCCUCUUAUAGUUGGAGAAGACAGUGUUCUUCUUCUCAUUCUACAAGGGAUGAGGCCUGUAGCAGUCCUAACUUGGGGGAAGCCAGCAAGAAAAACUUCAGUUCCUCCAGCCUCACAGGACAUGGCUACCAUUAUACCUACCCAAGGGUGUCUGUCAACAAACACCUCUUGGCUCCACUCCACCUGGACAUUGACCCAGCUCUCCAGGAAAUAAGGACCAAGGAGAAAGAGGAGAUCAAGACACUCAAUAAUCAAUUUGCUGCCUUAAUUGGGAAGGUCCAAAGUCUGGAACAGCACAACCAAGUCCUGCUCACGAGAUGGAACUUUUUGAAAGAACAAGACAGCUCCCUUUCUGAUUUGGACAUCAAACUCCUCUACGACCGCUACAUGAACAAACUGAAUCUCGAAAUCCGAUCGAUCGAUGUGGAGAAAGAACAGCUGGACUCAGAACUUGAUGAGGUGCUAGCUUCUAUGGAUGUGUUCCGAAGCAAAUUCGAAGAAGAAAUAAACAAACGCAGCGGGCUGGAAUUCACCUUCACGACACUCAAAAAGGACCUGGACAAUGGCUUUCUGCACAAAACAGAAUUGGAAACGAAACUAAGUGGAUUACAUGCGUGGGUGGAGUUAAUGACUACUAUCCAAGAACAGGAACUUGAGGAAGUGAUGUCACAGAUUAAAGAUGUUUCAGUUGUGCUGGGGAUUGACAACAACAGAUACAUGCCUGACCCCCACAGGAUUGUAGAGGAUGUGAGAGCUCAGUAUGAAGAUUUGGCUAUCAGGAGCUGGGAAGAGUUGGAGGCACUCACCCGAAGCAAGCUGAAUGAAAGAGAAGUGUUAUCUGCUAAGUAUGGGGACCAUCUCCUUAAUGACCGGAGGGUGAUUGCCGAGUUAAAUAUACAGAUCCAAAAAAUGAGGUCUUGCAUUGUCUCUCUGAAAAGCCAGUGUCUACAAUUAGAGGAUAACAUCAAAAAUGUUGGUCUACAAGGAGAAACAGCCCUCAACGACGCCAAAGCAAAACUGGCAAAAUUGGAAGAUGCCCUUCAUAGUGCCAGGCAAGACUUGGCUCAGCUGGUUAAGGAAUAUCAAGAGCUGAUGAACAUCAAGCUGGCUUUGGACAUUGAGAUUCUCACUUACAGGAAACUAGUAGAAGGAGAAGAAAGCAGCAUGGAGUCCCCACCACCUGCAUUCAUUAGCAAAAUCUUCUCCAGACCAAAGUCCUUUUUACCCGACUCUGACAUCACAAAUGUCUCAGAUGUGGCAUCAAGAGCAAAAGAUUUGACAAAUGAAAUGACGCAGAGUUGGAGCAGUUUGGAAACUGGACUUUCUAGAAGUCACAAUGGUGGAAACAAAGUGGCAUCCAGUAAUGGUUCCUUUAGUAGUUGCAACAAUAGAAGUGGAGGCACUCCAGAUUGUAGCCUUUCUACCAGUUAUAUCAGCGAGGGCAGAGAUAUCUUUGAAAGUUCUAGUUAUUCCCAAAGAGAUAAUUUAGGGAGUCCUUCCAGAAGUAGUAGCAAUAGAAGCGGAAAUUUUGCAGAUGCUGAAGACACCAUGGAAAGCAAUAGCUCCAGAAGUUAUAGUUACCGGAUUGGGAGUAACAGAAGCCAUAGUAAGAGAAGUGGUGAUAACCUAGAAAGCAGCAGAUAUCCAAGUGGUGAAAUCAGAGAUAUAUCUGAGGGUAGCCUUUCUAGAACCCAAAGCAAUGAAAGUGGAGCCUUGACUGAGACUGUAUUUGCCAGAACCUACAGUGAGACAAGUGACAAUAUCCAAGAGGGCAACAAUUCUGGAAGUCCAAGUCACACAAGUGCAGAAUUUUUGUCAUCCAAAUUUUCCAGAACUCAAAGUGGGGAAAGCAAUAAUUCCUCUGGACCUAGAUAUCAUAGUUCUAGAAAAGAAAGUGUUCCAGAUGGUAACCAGUCUCAAAGCCAAGGCAACAGAGAUGGAGAACUUACAGACAACACUUUUGCUAGAAGUCACAGUGGUGAUAGCUCAGAAGGCAGCCUUUUUAGAAGUUACAGUGGGACUAGUGCAUCCUAUAUAGAAGGUGACCUUUCUAGAAGCCAGAGUGAUGAAAAUGAAUGCAGAAAUAUCCAUGGAAAUGAAGGAUAUGCUGAACCUAUUGUUUCCGAAACCACCAGGGCUGAAGAUGGUAGGGUCCCUGUAGGUGGCAUUUCUGGAACUUACAGUGAGGCAAGCGGGGACAUCUCAGAGGUCAGCCUAUCUGAAAGCCAGAGUGAUGAAACUGAAUUUAGAGGCAGCCAUGAAGAAUUUGCUGGACCUGUACUUUGUAGAACAAGGAGUGCUGAAGAUGGUGGAGUCCCUGUAGGUGGCAUUUCUGAAAGCAGCAGCGAAGUCAGCAGAAAUAGUUCAUUGGGAGACCAGAAUCAAAGCUCUACAGAUACUGUCUUUCCUCAAGCCCAUACUGAAGGUACACAGGAAGAUAGCCUUAAUAAUUACCCCAGUAAUACUAACACAGCCUUUGUAGAGGGUAGUGUUUCUAGGAGCCUUAGUGAUGAGAGACAAUCUGUCUCAAAGGGUAGUGGCUUUAAAACUCCAAGUAUAAAAAGUACAACUUUAAGUGACAGUGUAUUUGUGAGAACUCCUACUAGUGUAGAUGAAGAGAUGUGUGAGGAGUCAGUUUUAAAAAUUCAUAGUAGGGCAAGAGAAAGUUCUUUGGAAACUAAUAUUUCAGGAGAUCCUAGCCCCAGAAGUGAAGAACUUUUACCAUCUGAUCUUUCAAGACUCCACAAAAUGGAGAGUAGAGGUGUCUCAGAUAACAACCCUAGCCUUCGUGGAUGUGGGAGCAAAAGCAAAUCAGAGAGUGGGUUUUCUAAAAACCAGAGCAACAGAAAAGGAGGCUUAACUGAAAGUGUUUUUGCCAGAGCUCAUAGUGAUCCAGCUAAGGGUGACUAUUUUAGUAGCCAGAAUGAUGGAAGUGAAGGUUUUGUAAAAGCUGCCGUUUCUAGAAUCAACAGAGGCAUUUUGGAAGGUGGUUCCUCCGGAAGUCAAAGCAGCAGAAGAGAAGGAUUUGCAGAUACUGAUCUUAUGAAAUAUCAGAGUAAAGAAAGCAAAGGAAGUCAUGAGGAUACAAGUUUUCCAGAUUAUGGUGUCAGGUAUGCAAGUGAGACAAACGAAGCUGUCUUACAGUCUGGUCUUUCCAGAAUUGAAUAUGAACAAGCAGGCAGCUUUUCUAGAAAUCGCAGUGAGCGUGGAAAUCCUGUAGAGACUUCCACUCCUAUUCAGCUUCACAGAAAAAAUGAAGAGGCUACCGAACAUAGCUUUUCUAGAAGCCAUAGUGAAGAAAGUGGGAGCUUUAAAGCAGCUGACUUAUUAUCCAGAAGCUCCAGUCAAGAAAGCAGAGGUAUUUCAGAGGCUACUAUUUCUAGCAGCUGUGGCAAAGAAAAUGAAAAAUGCACAGAGGGCAUGCUUUUUAGAAAUUAUAGUUACAGAUGUGCAGUUACAUCACAUCCUAGAACUGAAAGUGCUGAGGCUGAAGAUAUUCCAGAAAGUGAGUUAUACAGAAGUCCCAGUUCUGAAAGUGGAAGACUUUCAUCACCUGGAAUUUAUAGAGGUCGAAGUGGUGAAAGAGAAGAUGAGUCUGAAGUUGCCUUUUCUAGAAGCUACAGCAACAGAGAUGAAGUUGCAAUGAAUAAUCAGUGUAUAAGCCAUGAUAAUAGAAAUGAGUGAUGGGUCAGCCCCCUCAAAUCCCAUCACCUUGCCCUAUGAGGGUUGCUCUGAUGCGUAUCACUACUUUCCUUCUAGUGAAAUAUGUUGUUAUAUCGCAUCUGCCUACAAAGUAGGUGUCUCACAAACACAUGAAUAGGAAUUGGAUACCACUUCUAGAAGCUUCAGUUCAUCUAAAGAUUGAUGGUUUGUGGAUGGGAAUCCAUAAGAAGGUUUAUAUUACUAACGUAAUAAUUGGAAAACGGGACUCUGCAGGCUUGAAAAUGCCAACACAACCUUCUUUGGCUAUUAUAAUUUGUGAGUCACACUCAGAAUGUUAUUUAAGUCUUUUUAAUGCUAUAUUCUGUGGUGAGGGGACUAAUAUUACAGUAACCGUACAGGCAUUAAUUACAACAAAAUAUAAGCCAACAGUAUAUAGUUUUUUAACCAGUAUUAUUUACUACAUGUUGUUUGUUGUUCUCAUUUUCCUUUUAUUUACAUAUAUUAUCCCAAACUUUAAAUAUGCAUUAAAGCAAAUAAUAUGAUACUCUGCAAGAAAGCUUAUUGGGUGGAAUCUAACUAGUAUAUUCCACUGCUGAUCUUUUGGCUGAUGUCAAGGAUCCCUUUUUGAGUUGAUCUGCUGAACUCUUAAAGGCAAAAGUUAUUUUUUCAUUUCCUUAGAAGGCCUUGGAGAACUUUAAUGGACACCAUCAAGCUUAGUGGAAACUCACUGGCCAGUUCUGGGAGGCCCUGUUUUUUGCUGAGUCUGCGAUUAAUCUGUUUGGUCUUGUUUUAAGACAUUAGGCCAAGUGUCUGAAGGUGCCUUCAGACAUAUGCCUCAGCAGUCCAUAGGUUGUUUCAUUUGUGAUAUUCGCACACCUAUGCAGAUGGAUAAGCACAAAUCACAUCAGCUCUUUCUGUAAAUAUCAGGUGGAGCUUUCAUUAAAAUGGGCUCUGAGGGUGGAAAGUUAACAUGCAACAGUUCUCUAAAUACUGCUCUGCUGAUAACGCCCAUACAGAACAUCAGGUUUGGCCAAUCCAGAGGCUUCAUACAUUGCCAGAUCAUUGUAGGAUCCAAUGUCAUGCAUCCUUUUGCCUUUGCUUGUCUGGUUUUAAUCUCUGAGCAAAGACUCUCCAGGUUAAAUCUUCAUUCAAGACCUUGAAUCUCUGAUAGCAACUCACUUGCAGUGGCUGUAAACAUGUUACUCAGAAUGGAUAGUAAUAUUAAUAAUAAUUUUAACUCAUAGUUUUUUAUUGCAAUUUGAAUACAAAAUAGGGAUGGGAGGAAAAAUGUGAAAAGUACAUUGAAGCCAAGUCGAGUGAAUGUUAGCCCAAAUUCAGAUCAAAUUGUCUAUCAAAACAGAACCAUAUUAUGUUUAUGCUAGCAUGUGGUAAUUUUGGGAACAAAGCAGCAGGUGGGUGAAAAUUUCUCUAUAUUUAUAUAAACAUAGACAGGAGUGGUGAUGUAUGUCUUUUCUUGUAUUUUCUUUUCUUGUAUUUCCAAACUAUAGCCAGGGUUGUAAAACUGAAAUUGGGUACUGACAUUCAAAGAUUAGGAAUCUGGUGAUCAGAGCUUAAAAAUUGGAUGAGAAAUUACAUCUUAGCCAUGAACCAAUUGGUUGAGCUGGUUGGAAGAAGUUGCAUUCUUUCAUCCUCUCACUCCUAUCUGUAGCAGUAAAAAUGUUAAGGGCCUGAGUCACAGGUCUGUUGUAAGAUUGAAUGAGAUAAGGUAUGGAAAAUGCACUACUUCCAAAACAGAAUUAUUUAUAUUUAAUCCCUGAUGCCGCAUUAGUAUCAUUUGUCUCUCCUUUCUCCUUCAUCAAUUAAUCAGCCAUUCAUGAUUUCUGUCAUGAACAGGAAUUAUAACACCCUUUGGCCAUAUCAGAAAAGUCAUUAAGAGCGAAUUAAAAUCUUUAAAACUGAAGUUGUCAGACCACAUGCCCAAUUCCACCCAGUUAGUGUAGUGUGUCCCAGUGCAGUGUAGCCAGUUAAAUUAGGGGUACCUGGAGAUAACUCGGGCUAAGAAUAAAUGAGGCAAUGCAUAUUACUAAGCAAACAUCAUCAAAAGCAGGGCUAGAAUCUGUGAAAAGGAGAAAGAACGUUUCAGUUGCUGAACAAAAGGGCUGAAUAACUGGCUUCUUUUGCACUAGACCCUUUGUAUUCUCCUAAAAUAAAUAAAAUACAUGUAUAGUUCUGUACACAUGAUUAGUAAUCAGAAUAUUUAACAGAAUAUUUAAUCAGAUGGAAACCAUCUGAAGUCCAGUCGUGGUAGACAAGGUAGAAGAAUCUCUCCCCGCAGACUCCUCCUGAUUUUUUGCUACCAUAGACUAAUGGAGCUCUCCUCCUACAAUCCCUGCAACCUUCUGAUUGAUGUCUUGGCUUCCCAUGGUUUACUCUUCCUGUGUGCCACACAAGGGGAUGCAGUUCCAGUGUGAGGUGUGCACAGAACUUUAUCACGUGAGCUGUCCUAAUAUCACAGCUGAAGCUAGAUCAAAUGAUAGGAAAGAUUGAUUACGUGCCAUCAAGUAGUUUUCGACUCCUAGCAACCAACUGAAUUCACUGUAACUUCUUCCUGAGCAAACAAGCAGUACAGAAACAAACUGAAGAAGGGGAAGAAUGCUUCUGACACAGGUACAAUGCAGGAAGAACACUUUAUGCAACUUGUCACAGAUUUUGAACCUGAAGUCAUGGAGAAGCUGCAUUGAGGAAGCAGAGAACCAUGUGGAAAGUUAUAACAGAGAAAGAAAAAAAGCCCCCCCCCCCCAAAAAAAGUUGGCUGAUUGUCCUAAUGAUG